CAAAGCGGGAAGAAGGCGGCUGGCGGAGGCAGUUGCCGCCAUGGACCGGAGGAAGAAGCCGCUGGACGUGGCUGCCUCCUCGUUGGUAGAUCUCAAAGCAGAACUCUUCCGAAAGCAAGAAGAAUUCAAGAAAGAAAAGCUAUUAAAAGAUGCUGGCAUCUUUGCAAAGCCCAAAACUUCUAAUAAGAAACCAAGCAUCUGGAACAAACAAAACACAGGAGUUGCAAAUCGAGCUGAGAAAGAUGUUGAGCAGAAGGCGGAAGAGGAGCACAUAUUAGAUAAAUCAAGGAAGAAACUAGAAGAGAAAGCAAAACUGUAUGAGAAAAUGACAAAAGGCGACUUUCCAGAUGAAGAAACUGAGGAUUUGUACCUAGUGGAUUUCACUCAGAAGAUCAUAGACAAACAGCACGAAGUACAGGAACUGUGUCGGAGUGAAGCUGCUAGAAAGACUUCAGAAAAAGACACAGAUGAUGAGGAAACUCAACCUGAAAUGGAAAUACCACCACCCGAGGACCCAGAUGAAGAAUGGGUUGAUUAUGUUGAUUUCUUGGGCCGAUCUAGACGCUGUAUGAAGAAGGAUUUGCCAAGUCUACUUAAAAUGGAUCAGGAACUUCAAGGGAAAAGACAAGGCCCUGAUGGGAAUACCCUGUUAUCUGAAGACAUGAGAAAAGAACUUCAGAGGCAGCAGUGGGAAAAAGAAGAAGAAGAAGCCCUCAGAAAACCCAUGGGACCCAUACAUUAUGAGGACAUUCGAGAAAAUGAGGCCAGGCAGCUUGGUGUUGGUUACUUUGCCUUUUCUCGUGACCAAGAACUUAGAAAUAAACAACGGGCAACAUUGGAUAUGCUAAGAGAACAGACACUUGAUCAGAGAACUAAACGCGAACAGUUAAAAGAAAAAAGGAAGGCAGCUCUAGAUGCAAGACUGUCUAAACUUCGAGCGCGGAAGAUUAAGAAGUUAAGGGAAGCUGGAUUAGAGGAAGAGGCAGAAAAAUUGGAGAAUGGAGAAUUGAAAGGUGUUACUGAAGAACCAGAAGCUCCAAGAGUUCCCGCAGCAAGUAGAAAGGUAGAGGUUGUCAUCCAGGAGAGAAGAGAUACAAAGCCCGGUGUGCCUUAUGUCCGAGAGUGGGACAAAGGCAAAGAAUUGAUGUUUGGGCAAUGGUCAAAGAAACAGGAAGAACUCAGAGAUGAGCGAGAUCCAGAAUUUGCACCACCUUCUGAUUACUUUAUGGGACAAAAGAAAGAUGAUAAUUACAGAAGGCAGAAUUUGAACAGCCCUGAAACAUCCUCUGAAAAACUGGAAACAGAGACAGCACAAAAGCAACAGACGCCAUCAGCACAGGCCAACAGCAGCAGCAGUGAAGGUGUGCCACCAUCAGGGCAGGCUUUCAACAGCAAUGUUCAAGAUGAGUCAGUGUCAACAAAAGCCCGUGGCAGUGACACUCAAGAUGUGCCAUCAUCAGCAGAGGAUGACAGCAGCGACGAUGAGGAUAUGCUGCCAUCGGCACAGGCUUAUGGCUAUGGUGCUCAAGUUGUGCCGCCGUCAAUGCAUGCUUACGGCUAUGGCGCUCAAGAUGUGCUGUCAUCAAUGCCGCCUUACGGCUAUAACACUCAUGAUAUGCCAUUUCCCAUGCAGGCUUAUGGCUACGGCGCUCAAGGCAUGCUGCCACCAAUGCAUGCUUAUGGCUACAGCACUCAUGAUAUGUCAUUUCCAAUGCAGGCUUACGGCUAUGGCUCCCAAGAUGGGCCACCGGGAGAGGUGCACGCCUGUGGCUGCAGUGCCCAAGAUGGGCCACCGGGAGUGGUGCAGGCCUGUGGCUGCAGCGCCCAAGAUGGGCCACCGGGAGUGGUGCAGGCCUGUGGCUGCAGCGCCCAAGAUGGGCCACCGGGAGUGGUGCAGGCCUGUGGCUGCAGCACCCAAGAUGGGCCACCGGGAGUGGUGCAGGCCUGUGGCUGCAGCACCCAAGAUGGGCCACCGGGAGUGCAGGAGGUCUGUAGCUGCAGCGCCCAAGAUGUGGCAUCUUCAGCACAGACCAACAGCAGUGAUGCUGAAAAUCAGGAACCGCUUUACCAAAGUUUAGAUGAUAUGCUGUCUUAUUACAGACAAGUGACUUGAACUGAGCAAAAAGAUAAGCCAGAAUCGUGAUUUAAAGAACUGAAAUAGAAUUAUCAUCUCGGCAAGAAUAUUGUUUCCCACAUCUGGGAAAAAAAAGUUUCUGUAAGCAGAUCAAAAUAAAUGUCCUGGAGACCUAAGCUGUUUUACAUCACAGCUGUACUUUUGCCCUGUUAGUUUUUUGUUUUGGUUUUUUUUUUCCUCUUUAUUAAAACCAGGACAUGGUGGUACUUAUUUAGUCUAGUACGUAUUUCAUUUUAACUCUUUGCCAGUUACACCUGAACUUUUGGGGUAUAUUAAUGGCUUUCUCUGAAAAGAUGAACUCUUCCUUUACUCUUUCACUCCCCAGCUAGCUUCUAGUUUAGAGGUUCUAUAAGAUCAGUGAUACCUGCAGAAACAAUAUUGAAAUGGCUGGCCCUAUGCUGCUAAAUACAGAAGGGUUUUAGGAAAUCUGUUACCUACUUAAUCACCUGCCUUUAGGAAGUGCAGAAUAUUAUCUAGUGAACAGUAGUGGUUCACAUGGUUGUAAUGGCUUCUGCAUUCCUGAGGUCUGUAUAUAACUCAUAAUACUGUGAAGCAAAUUACAGUGGAGAGAGGCAUUGCAGAAAUCAAUAGAUAAUGAUGGUUAGGCUAAGAAUAAACACUUCACUAAAGGAGAAGUCUUGACACCUGAAAUUACUGUCUUACUGGUUUAGAAAAUGCUCUCAUAAUUCUCCAAGUGCAUUUUUCUUGCAUCAUCUGUUAUAUUUAUGGUUUUACUUUAUUUAAUACUUUUUUUUCCAAAAACUGUGAUAUUGGAGUCACUGUAUAUAAAAGCAGACCAACCUCUACCAAACAAGGUUUUAUUUCAGAAUAAUCUUAGUAAAUGAGAAUAACGCUUGUUUACCAUGUGGAAUAUUUUUAUUUCUGAAGGUAAUUUAAAUAACCCCAUUUGUAUUUUUAAAGCUUAUACAAGGAUAAGACCUAGAAAAGUGGGUUAGAAUGGGCAAUGUCAUAGAUUGUCUAAAGUUAAAUGACAAUAAUAAUGUCAAAAUGGUGAAUGUUUGAACAAAAUAGUGAACUAGCCGAAGAGACAGAGAUGAUUUGCUGCUCUUGUGUGCUUCAGUCGGAUCUCGGGCUGCUUUGCAAAGCCUGGUGAACAGCAAUGUGUUCAAGGUGACUGAGCAAACUUAGUGAAUAUGUUCUGCAAUCUGCUGUCCCCAAAUUCUGUUUUAACCUCAGCUAAUAGACACACAUCUGUCUCUUUCCUAUACCGCUGGCUUUUGCACAGAAAUUUGCAGAGCCAGGAAUAACACCUUACAGGAGGAAUAACACCCCACAAGAGCACCAGUGGUACCAUUUUAAAGCCGCAAACUACCCCAGUCUUUUAUCCUUACCAAACAGUUAAGAGACAGGAGCUUUAUGAUAACUUUGGGUUUCUGUUUCUCUGAACAGACCUAGAACUUGAGAAUAGUGUGGCACAUUAAUGGCCACAUCCACCUGAACUGCAGGGAAAGCUUAGCAGCAGCUCAUUGGUUUUGCUGCUGCUGACACUGACCUGAGCUCAGCUGUUGUGCAUAGUGUUAGGGCGUAUAUUUCUUCCUUUCCUUGAAUCCCUUCAGUAUGAACAGGGAACCUGAAAAUAAAUAAUGAUUGUAUACUAAUGACCAAAAGGAAGAGGAAGAUGUUACAAACCCAUCUGGUUUUACCAAAUGGUACAGCAUCAAUGCAAUUUUUUUCCCCUCAUAAAUUUGGUACAACCUCAGAUUAGUCAUAUCCAUGAGAUGGCAGUCUAGUCUUGCUGAUUCUCUAUAAGAAAUUCUGCCAGUAUAUACCUGUUUUCUGCUAUUCGUUUCAUAAUAACAUUGAAGUAGUCUCUGAUGACCCUUGAGCUGAGUAGAAUUUUUUCAAAUGCUGCGUCACCUCAUAUUUAAUUUUGAGUUUAAAACAGUUGUGUUAUGUUUUAGCAGCUUUCUUCCACAAAGAUAAGAAGUGGUCAAAAUACACAUUUCAAAUUUGACUAGUUAGGAAAACAGACUUCUUGCAGUGCCCCCAGUUGUUGAACUCGUACAGAGAAACUGAUGUUAAACAUUGUUUCAUGAGAAGGUGUUUGGUUGCCCACAGCGUGAGCAAGGCAAAAGCUAAUUGCUAAGCUAGGGUUAUUUGCAAAGACCCUACUACUUCUUAAGGGUACCAGACUACUUUGAGUAAAUUUCCUAAGUUACCCACUAGCAGAUUUCACUGCUGUGCCUCGCCAGGGAGAUCACCACCUUUGUCCUCAUGCUCAACUGGUACAGGAACAUGUCUGACACCAUGUUGACAGAAGUGACUUAAUAGUGACUGCCGUGUUUAAACUAAUUAGGGCAGCCUGGUUGUUACAGCACUAGCACAGGAAAUAAAGGACCUCGUUCAGGUUUCUACUGUCAGUCUGGAAAGGCUUUGUUCAAAUGAUGUAACUUCUGUGUAUGGGAGUGAAUGGUAAGUUUGGACUCAAAACAGUUUAUGUUGGAAUAAACACUGGAAUAAACAUCUAAUACUUCACUUGCAACAGGCAAUUUCAAUGUGUGAGGCAGGGUAGAAUUGGUUUCCAGCUUUGCAUUACCUGCUUUAAAAAAAGCAGUGUUUCUUUUAGAAGUAUUUUAUGAAACGUAUUGGGAAAACAAUCCCUUCUGACCAGAGAUGCUUUAACUGAUCCAUGUUUAAGUUUCAUAGCAAGAAAUAAUUUAGUGCUAUAGUUUCUUGGUUCCUACAAAUAAGAUAAGACUGAAUGAACGAUUCUGCUGUUUGAAAAAGAUUUUUUAAAAUGACAUGUAUUUUUAUAUCAUUAAAAGGUCAUAACUUAGAAACCUCUAUAAUGCCCUGGCAAGGUGGGGGGUCCGAAUGGUACCAUUACAGUUUGGAAAAAAAGGAAAUGGAGAUUGGCAGAGCUGCUAAAGGCUGCAAAGGAAUUGCUAGUCCUUGCAAAGUUAGAUCCAGGAGUGCUGUGCUCGAACUGCUGUUUUAACUCUGUCUUAUAUUGUGUCCCUCUUUCUAAUUUUUUGUUUGUUUAAUGCAGCUGUGGGAGGAAGGAUCAACUGAAACAUAAAAGCAUGAGAAACUCCCCAUAGUGUUUUGAAGCUCACUGGGCAGUGCAGUGAAGUGUUGUAGGGUGCGUGGGGUUGUGUACUUCAUGCUUCCUUAGCUCCUCUCUGUCUAGAAUCACAGUACAUCAUUACAAUUAUUUAUUAAUAAAUCCUCAGAAUAUUAUUCUGAAGUAAGAGAAUACCACUAUCCCCAUUUUGUGGAAAGAAGAAAACUGAAAUGCAAAAUAACUUCUGCAAGGUCACAAAGCAAGUCUGUGGCAGAGCAGGAGUUCAAACCCAGUUCUCCAGGCUGGCUGAUUUAUGCUAGAGAAGUUUCAUAUUUAAGACCUCACACGAAUCAGUAUGUGAAAGUCAUUCAGAGCAGGGUAUGAUUUCCUUGGAGCUGAAAUCAUUCUAAAGAGUGGGCAAAGUAAUUUAAAACAUUAAAGCUUGACUUGAAUUCAUUGUGGCAAUCGUAUCCUUCGAUGGAUUUCCAUAUAAACAAUAUUUGCAUCUAUUCUGCUACUAUUUUAAUCAUCGACAUUCACUUCCUACUGCCUUCUGGGCUUUGUUUUUUCUGUGCCCUUCAUACUGCAGGUAGUUUUAUGUAUAUAUGUGAUUUAGAAGCUAUAUUGUCUUUGCAUUAGUUUAAGCUGGAACUGCACUAAGGAAUGAAAUGCCAUUUAUUACAUAGCAUUAUGUAAAAAUGUACAAUCAAAAUGUUGCUUUGUUCAGCUUCAUUUCCAUAGCCUAAUACUAAACACAGGAGGAUUCUUGGCCAGGAAGGGAGUUCAAUGUCUACAUUAAACUAAAGCCCAUUGAGAACAGCUCUCCCACAGCAGUGAUCUGUCACUUUGCCAUUUGGUCUCUUUCCCUCUUGUCUUGAUUUUUGGCUGAAAAGCAUAUUCUCUCAUGCUGUGGAGAGAUUUCUGUUCAAUCUAUUUCACUCUUAUUUCACUCAGACCACCUCAAGUUAGCUUCGCUGUGAUUGGCAACCUCAUUUAGUAAUUCCUGGGGCAAACAAUUUCUUAUUGAUACACUGCCAAGGUGAUAUUUGUCUCAUAUUCUGGCCAGAUCUAGAGGAUGUUGUCUCCCAUUCCCUCUUCCUCCUCGUUUUAAAUCACCCCCCUAAGUUACCUACUUUGACACCAGUGGAAAGUGGGUGUGCACUUGGGCUA